UCUUGGGCGCAUUCUGUGGUAUAAACCAAACCACAGUCCCGCGAGCGCAGCUGUCAGGUGUGCGUCACCGUGGACCACCGAUCAGUCACCGCGCGCUCUGCUUACCGACACCGAGAUGUUGCACUGUCCUACUUGACUUUUCUUACCCGUUUCUCUGCUUCUGCACAUGAAACAGAGCGCGACAGUUCCGCUGCCUGCGAGUCGAGAGGAGCGAGCGGGUUAUCAUGAGUUGUCUGGAUGUUAUGUACCCGGCUUAUGGUCAUUACGCACCGUACGCGCACAAAGCUUCAGCGUUCAUCAGCACUAUACCGGUAAGCAGGUUUCCGCCAAACAUCACAUUACACCCUUUGCUUUCUGUUUCUCUUUGUCAUUCUCAUUCUUUUCUCUCCCCUUUAGAUGCUUCAUCCUCAACCAGUCGGCGCAGUUUCCCUCCAUCUUUCUGGGACAGUAACUAUCCCUCUCCACCCAGCCGACUCCACUGUGAUCCCACAGGUGCUCCCACUUAUGCUAUGGACCCCUACGCCCAGGUCCUGCACCCGGGUCUGCCUCACACACACGCUCACCCGCACCCAUCAGAGUCCUGGAGCUACUCUCAGAGCCAGCCCUAUCCCCCUCCACGGCCCUUACACGAACUGUACACCCCUCCUGGGCUGGAUGCCCACUUCGGACCCCUACUGAUGCCUGCCGUCCGGCCGCCUCAUCUGCCGACGCUGUCCGGGCAUUAUGAUGUGGGAAAGCUGGAACCCACCCCAACAUGGCCAGGGCUGCUUCCGCCUGGGGAAGUGGCACAGAGUCUGGCUCUCAACAUGGAACCAGGUCUCCAGCACCACAAGAAAGGGAAGGAGCUCUACUGGUUUUAAUGAGAAGCCCUUCAUCGACCAUCCAAUUAAAGCCUGCUGUUUGGCCCAUUGUAGCUGAACUGUUGUUUCUUUAGCCCCCACGCACAGCGGCUCUCUUCACCAGCUCUGCACACGCUCUGAACACGCUCCAGGACUAUUUGUGUGCACCAUGGAGAUAUGAACAUAGGGCAAGGAGAGAACGCCUAGGGGAGGCGAGGGUGCUAGACGACAUGGUCUUUCUGUUAUUUUGAUCUGUUUUUCUCUUUUUGAUCUUUUUUAAACUAAUUUAUUGUGGUGUAAAAAUCCAGCUUGUCCUCUACGGUUCUCUGUAUGGACGGUGAGAUGUAAGAAACAUUGCAUGGUGCAGUAUAUAGAAUGACACAUUUUCUAAAAAUCUGGCUGUUUAUAUUGAUUGAAUAAGGAUGGCAGCAAUGUGUUUGUAUUGUUUUGUUGCAUUAUUUUUCUUCCCUUGUACAGUAUUUUUAUUUAUAUAUACAUUAGUAUUUAUGUGUUUCAAUUAAAAUACACUUUCGGCCAGUGCUGUUAAUUUUUAAUUUUUCUUGGAAAACGUGCCAUGGUGUGAAACAGCUACAAUAAAUCUGAGAGAAUUUAAAGAAUUAAUAAACCAUACCUUAUCAUAGAGUGAAAUAAAAUGAUGUGAUUUUCCAGGUUAAUGAACCACUUCAGAGAAUUGGCAAGGUUCCAUAAAUGUUAUUAUAAGGGGAAAGUCAUUUCUGGUGUAUUUUUUUUAUGUGUGAGUCUACUUUAUUGAAUUAAAAAUGAAUGAAUGUUCUGUU